AUGCAGCUCAACAAUACUCUCGCGGCUACAGCAAAACAUGUCGUCAAGAUGACCGGCAAAGCGAAAGCCGCACUUGAAGAGAAAGCUUCUUCAAAGAAGCAGGCUGUUGUGCAUACAGAGGAGGAGGAGGGGGAGGAGGGGGAGGAGGAGAAUGUGACUCCACCUCCAGGUGUGAAUAGACGUGCCGUUGUGCACACGGAAGAGGAGGAGAAUGUGUUGCAUGAAUAUAUUGACCUAGACCAUAAUGGCCCUGUUGAUGACGUCAACGAAGAUCCUGAAGACAAGCUGAAGCGGUUAAUGAAAGAAUGGAACUCACCGGUUUAUGCAUUUUUUCAGCCAACACCACAAAUUUUUGAAGUCGCUGACCGCUGUGCACACGAGUUCAAGCGCCAAGCAAAGGGUUGCAAGGUCAAAGUGCGACACUUCCUCGAUAAGGGCGAUGCACGAUCCACAGGCAACAUGCGGAAGCAUGUGCGCUUGUGCUGGGGAGACAAAGUCUUGAAAGCUGCAGAUAGUGCAAAGGAUGCAAGGGAAGUGCACAACAAGAUUGUCGAUAGUAUCCUGUGA